AUGAUUGGUAACCUCUGGGGCAAUCCACACUCAGAGAAUCUCCCGGCAAAGUUGUCGGGUGAUAUGGUUGAUAAUAUCCGUGCAAAAGCUCUUGAUUUCGUUGGUGCUGACCCAAAGUAUUUCGACCUGGUCUUCGUCGCCAAUGCUACGGCUGCGAUCAAGCUCGUUGCUGACGCGUUUCGGGACAUCGGAGAAAAAACCCCUACCAAGGGCUUUUGGUAUGGAUGCCAUAAGGAAGCCCACACGAGUAUCAUCGGGGUUCGCGCACUUACGUCAGGGGACUAUCAUUGUUUCGAAGAUGAUGAGAGUGUUGAAGAAUGGAUCUCGCGGCCUUUUAGUUGCCAGUCCCGAAGAGGAAAGUCGACCAGUCUGGGCUUGUUCGCAUAUCCAGGCCAGUCCAACCUUAGUGGACGCCGAUUACCACAGGACUGGUCGAAAAGGAUACGACAACACCCUCAGCUUCGAAAUGUCUAUACCCUUUUCGAUGCUGCGGCUCUCGCUAUGACUAGCUCCCUCAGCUCCCUGUUCCACGAUCCGAUGGAUGCACCCGAUUUCACUUGCCUUUCGUUUUACAAGAUAUUUGGCUUCCCUGAUUUGGGAGCAUUGGUUGUCAGGCGGGCAUCCGGCCAUAUACUGAACAUGAGGAGGUACUUUGGCGGGGGAACAAUUGCUCAGCUAUCCCCCUCAAAAGAUUCCAGGGUUAUGAAGAAAGUUCCCGGGCUGGGGGAUCUGCACAGAAUAUGGGAUAUACAUGAAGGUGUCGAGGAUGGCACACUGCCAUUUCACAGUAUCUUGGCGCUUGGAGUCGCCAUCGAUACACACCUAAGGCUUUAUGGCUCAAUGGAUAUGAUAUCUCGUCAUUGCUGUUAUCUCGCUCGCUACUUAUAUGAACGCCUUGUGGACCUGAAACACCGAAACGGAUCUCCAUUGAUCGAGCUAUAUGUUGAUAGCCCAUUCAUGUAUGGCGACCCUUCACUUCAAGGGCCAACCUUUGCCUUCAACAUUAUGAAAGAAGAUGGUUCAUAUAUCCCUUGGACGGAGGUAGAGAGGCUUGCCAAUAGCGCUGGAGUAUACAUACGAGCAGGAGGUAAGAGCAUCGACUGGGUACGUGUUAACACUGCUGACGACUAUGCUUCAGGCGUUUGCUGCCCUGGUGGUGUCGCUAAAGCCUUGGACUAUGAGGACUGGGAAUGGGACAGGAUCUUCUCCAGCGGACAUGCCUGUGGUUCAAGUGAGAUGGCAGUCAUACAUAAUAAGCCAACGGGGAGCAGAAUCGUUCGCGCGAGUCUCGGCCCCAUGACGACGAAGCGAGAUAUACAGGCAUUUAUAUCAUUCCUUUCCAACGAGUUCAUCACAAAAAGCGUACCAAUACCACGGUUGCUCGGAACAGCAAAGGAUUUACCGCUACGGGAGAAGUUCCCCUAUCUCACAUCCGAAAAGGAGUUUAGUGAGCGCCACCUUGUUUAUGAGAAUUGA